AUAAGGAAAACCCUUGCAAAAAAAGUCAAGCAAAUUUUGUUUAUUUUCUAUAAUUUAAUGAAUUCCAUGGUUUUGUUAAUAUUCAACUGAAAGGAAGUAGACGUCGAACGUUGAACAUCGAGCAGACAAGACCUGACCCAAGUAUCCAUAAAUUUUUUACGGAGAGGCUGGGCAGUUUUUAGAAUCAGCGAAAAUUCGAACUUCGAGACGGUCGACGUAAACGAUCUUUACUUUGUAUUUUGUGAAUUCCGCAAUAGUAUAGCUCCUUAAAAUUUCCAAACCCCAUUUUUUUAAUUUGCUUACAGUCUUCAGAAACAACUGGGCGAAGUACCGUUAUUAUAAACCUUGAAAUUAAACUAUUGCUUUUACUGCUAGAUGUUACCUAGCGUCCGUCAAGUGAGAGGCAGUAGUGAAACAGAGGCUAAUGGAGUAAGGCUAGAUGUUCCCUUAGCAAAUGCGUGAAAUAGAAAAAAUUAGAAAAAGGAUCUAUUACUUGAACAUAACGCUUUUUUCUAUUCAAAAGCUUUGACUGCCCGAAAAGCCACAGCAAAGAUAGUUAAUAUGGUCUUGCGAGAACCUGUUUGAUAGAUAAGCCACUAUUAUAAAAACACCAGAGUUCAAACAUGGUUCAACCUUCAUCCUGAUGAAAUUUCGCCCUAUUUGGCUUUCGUUGUAUACUUAAAUAUCUUAUAAUUGGAAUUCAACUAAAAUGAUAUAUGGCUCGGCCUUUACGUUUUUAACUAAUGGAUUGGCCUUUCUCGAAACUUCCGUAUGCUCAGAGCUGUGGAGAUAUAAUGUUUUCUGACUCUAAGGAACACAGUUUCGGCAGACAACUUUUUUGUAGCCUGUGUCCCAGUCCACGAAUGCUGCUACAUUAGAGUGGGGUGCAGGUUACCUUUUUGAUGUAGUUAACGCAAUUUCUUAGCUAGAUUGCAAAGUGCAUAGAUGCAAGAAAGAAAUUGGUAACCAAGGCUAAUCGCUGUUAGCCAAUCAGCGGCCAUAUUCGGUUUAAGCGCGUUCGAAAAAGCCAUUGUAUUUUAAGCAGAAGUGCUUUGGGGACCUCUCAUUAUAGUCAGCGUACUUGACGUGUUCAAUGGGCGAGUCCCUCGAUUUGGUAUCAGCUCGUUUCAUGGACUGCUUUUUUUGCUCUGAUGAAGCCCUGUAUGCCAGGGCGAAAUAUUAGCCAUCACUGAUUUGUGUGUUUGUUGUUGUUUAUUCUCGUUGCGUUGCGGUGUUCCUUAUGUACUGCGGUGUACUGUUUUUCUUUCCCUGGCAGUGUUUGGUCACCUCCAGAGAUUGCCAAGCCCUAGCAGCUUUCUGACUUUGCAUCUGUAACAAACAACGCCCAAUUAUCUACGGUGUUCGGUGUAUGACGUUAAUUGUGAUUUCAACUGGUCAAGCACCAUGCUGCAAGAUCAUUCGAUCACAUGUGAUCACAUUUGUUUGCCCAAAACAAUUGUGUUUUCUCAUCCAACCUGCUGAUACUAGCAAUAUUCUUGAAAUAUGGCGGCUGUUGGAUCGUAGAGACUUAGCCGUGUAUUACCUCAAAAACUGACUAGUUUUUGUGCAUUUUACAGCUUUCAGCGCUAUUUGAUAAAAAGAUUUUUAGUUAACAUUUGACGCCUCGGGGUUCUGCAGCAAGAUGAUUUAUCGUCAAUCUCAACAUAAAGAAACGUAAAGAAUGGUUUUCUUCGGAAUACAUGGAGCAUCUGCCGGUAGAAAGCUUUCAACGACUUUUCCUGCGUGUUAAAUAUCAGGAUCAUUUUUCAUUCGAGGAUCAUAUUUAUUUGUGAGAUGCCAUCAAACUAAACUGUUUAAACUACAAGUUGGAACGUUUCUGAGUAUGAAAUACCAAUUUAUGGAUCAAUUUCGAAUGAGAGAGAAACUAAAUAGGAAUAUUCAAGUUGAUGCCUCUGCUGGGUAUCUUUCUGGCCAUGCAUUACCUUGAAAUGUGAUGGCCUUCAACUGAAGCGUUUUUGUAAACAUAUUAUGAGGAUGCAUCUUCGUUUAGCCUCAACAGCCUUGUUUCUGAUCACAUACUUGGGUAUCAGCUCGUAUUUUGCUUACAGAUUUAUUGACCGUGUGAAAUACCAUGUCUAUGAACUAAAUUCCACGAAAAGUAAAUUAUCAAAUAUCAAAAACUUUGUGAAACGAACAACCAAUAGCAGCAAUCCUGUUCCAAAGCAAUUGAAAAAAGACGUUCACCUUGAAUUGAAACGAUUUCUAGAAAUAGACUCGUUCAAUGACAGCAUAGGCGGCACGAUUUCGUUGACUAUGAAAGAAUCAAUGGAUCAAAGGCAAUUGUCAAAAAUACCUGAGAGCGAUCUGUUUGGAAAUCUGAGUGUAAGAACGUCUGGGAAAGACAGUAAGUCAAAUAUAUGCAAAUCAUUUGUGUCUGGAAACGACAAAAUUCGCUGGAGAGCCAUGCAAAAGAUUAAGCUACGUAAAAUAGAACUAUCGAUCGUUAGUGACAAGAAUCUGUCCAUGAUGUUCAAUGAUUGUGAUAGAAUAGCCAGUUUUAUUAAAGGGCCUUCGCAGCCAAUUGAUAAACAAGGAAGACCCAUUGCCUACUCGGUGUUACUCAAUAGGCCUGGACAUCAAACACUUCAGUUUCUAAAAGCAGUUUACAAUUCGAAAAAUAUAUAUUGCUUGCAUGUUCAUAGUGGUGCAACGAAACGAUUUUACAAUUUGAUUAAAAGCAUUUCAGAUUGCGUUGAUAACAUAUAUCUAUCGCCUGAGCGUUUCAAAAUAAGCUUAGCAACAUUCGAAAGAAUCGAAGCCCAUAUCUCAUGUUUUAGAACAUUGCUGAACACAACUACACCAUGGAGGUAUUUGAUAACACUACCAGGUUCGGUGUUUCCUUUACGCAACAAUACGUUUAUUGGAGAUUACUUGGAAAAGAGACAUUAUAAAAAUGGCCUCACGUUCCUAGAUCGAACUCGUGAAAGCUUUAUAAAACGAACCAAAUUCGUUCACCAAAAAGUAAAACACCCCGCCGGUUAUGAAAUUUUUUCUAGGACAAAAAGGAGAAAAUCACAUGCUCCGGAGAACAUUACUUUGUUUCGCAGUGACAGCGCCUUCAUAGCGACAAGAGGAUUCGUAGAAUUCGUCAUCAAUUCCUCGAUUGCUAAAAAGUUAUUAAGAUGGUCAAAGAGUACUAAAAAUCCCGAAGAGUUCUACUGGGCCACGCUCGACCGUUUACCAGGAACUCCGGGUGGUACACCAUAUAGGCCUGAUGACCAGUAUCCUGAAAGCCCGUUGAAUGUAGAAGAAGACGUGCAGACAUCAAAUGAAAACGACUUACUAGCAAGGCUUUGGAAGAGUCAACAUGCACACAAAUGUGGUGGUGUUUAUACUGGGAAUCUCUGUAUUUAUAAUUACAAGGAUUUAAGGUGGCUGGUUGGGCAAGACUAUCUUUUUGCUGAUGCGUUUGACUUAAAAGUUGACUUUGUUGCUAUUAGCUGUCUAUAUAGAAAUUUGCAGAGACCACUCGUUCGUGAUUUCUAUUAGAUAAAAAAUUGGAUAAGAUAAUGCUUAGCUUAACUAUCAUUUAACAUCGUUGUAAUUCUUUUGUAGACUGAGAACUUGAAUAAAACUUAUUCAUCACAUUCUUGCCUGUAAGUAGCUUCUUCUCACAUAAAACAAAAACUUUGGGCCAGCCGAUCCACUACUAAACCUUAAUGAAAAUCUUGAACAAAUUGAACCAAAAUCUGUGCUGGGACGAACUGGCUCAAUAUUUAGGUUCUGGCUCAAUAUUCGUUGAUCUAAAUCAGGCUGUGGAUUCUGCUAAUCACGACAUUCUCUGAAACAAGACUGAUUUUUAUUGUGUACGGCAGCACGAUCUGUCUUUCUUGAGGUCUUUCUUGUCCCUUCGGCAGCAAUUUCUCAAAGAUGUUGGUUUAUAUCGGAUAGAUAAUGCUACCACAAGCUUCAUCCCUUCCGUCAAUUCUUUUCUAAUCUAUGGCAAGUUUCUCGCCAGAGCCAGAUAUCCAUCAUGCCAACCAAACUGCUAUUUAACUUUUGUUGAAUACUGCUCAAUUCUUAGCAACAUGAUAAUGGAGGGUUAAAGAUUAUCUGUCGAUAUAACCAAAUCUGGCAAAGGUUGACAAUGCACUUCUUGAGUGUUCACAAACAAUUACAGCUAAUAUUUCAAAGUCCUAAUCCUGAACAGUAAAUAAAAUGACAAGGGAACUACCCCCCACUUUUCUUGCUAACUAUAGGUAUUAAAUCCCUCUCUUAAGUAUUAAAUAGGUAAUCCCCCUUUUUGGCCCCCCACUUUAGAGUCGGUGGAGCGCGCCCCGUAUUGUAUCAAAAAAGUCAACAUGGGCACAACCAAGUUUGUUAUUCUGAAUUUGGUACAAUAUCUUUGGCGCCGGGUACAUGCAAAAUGAUCGACCAAUGCUUAGCUCCCAGCAGAGUUUAUAUGUAGAUUAUCAGCAUUUUCCUUCAAUUUUCUUUCCCAUUCUCGUUCAUUGUAAGUGUUUCUCGUUAUAGCUCUCCUAAAAAAGUGGCAAGCGGUUCACAGCUCAUUUAGAAAAAACAAACGACAAGUCCUUAUAGUAUCUAGCCAAUCAAGUUUAAGAUAAUAUGGCCUUCAGAGGUGAUGCUGUUGGAUCCGAUCUGGUCCAGGUCUCGUGUGAAGGUUCUAAACUUUAGAAGCAAGAUUUUUCUACAAAACUAAAAGUUUAGGUAGCAAUAAAUUUUUGCUUAGGGAGUUGUCAUUUUAAUGCUGUGUACCGGGGUGGAAGAAUUGUUAUAGGAGUAUGUAAUUGCUUAGCCUUGUUUUAUUGGGUUAUCAAAUUUUGUUCAUUAGUUCCUAAUAAGGUAUUAAGUUUUUUCAGUACAUUUCCUCGAGGUUUAAAUUGUAUAUCUUGCAUAAAACAAUAAUUAUUGGUAUGCAGCGUUAUUCUUCCUAAAGAGCAUUGAUCACAAAAUCAGAAAUUGCCUUGGUGCACUAAAAUUUUAAUAGAUUAGAAAAAUAUAGAUUAACACAAUGUCUUAAUAGCAUAACUGAAAGCAUAAGUUGGCUACAGCUUGCUGUCGUUGUACCCAAACUUUUUCCCCAAUAGAUGGAUAAUCGUUUUACGAGUCUGGUAGAAUUCACUGAAUUACAUUUCAGCUGAAACCCGACUAUGCUAUAACGAAAACGAAAUAAUUUUGGGGUAUUAAAUUUUUUCAUAUUUUCGAAAUUGGUUUUCAGUUUUAUUGGAUUUAGUUAACGGAGUAAGAAAACUUUACCAUUUUACUCCAAAAUUCUUUAACCCACCUUAAAAAAUGACAACUACCUUAUUCAGAAUUGCAUGCUCUUUCCGAAGGCAUUAUCAGAUUUGAAAAAAAAGGGUACAAAACUUUGAGGACCAUAAGAAUCUUUACGCUUCUUGUAAUGCAACUUCCUGUUAUUUUGCCAAAAUGUGGGCUUAAAAUGAUCAGUGGCCUAAGGUUUUACAAUUUAAAAAUUUGGUUGCAAUUAAGAUUUCCUAUGCAAUAUAAAUAAAAUGAGAUGAGCUCUAUUGGUAGCAAUUAGCACAAUCUAUAAAGAAAUUAGCUAACAUUAGUCAAAAGAACUUUGCUGAUAUUCUAAGUAAUUAAUUCAGUAAACUUUUGCCAGUAUAGCUCCAGAUAUAAACUUGUGUAAGGCUGAGAAUU